UGACCUUCGACGGACAACUUCUCCGGGCGGCUUGUGUCAGGUGAUUUCCUUUUCAUCAUGGCCACCUCCUGGAAGGUGAAAGGUCUGACAGUCAGUUAGAUCUACCCAGUUGCACAGUUGGAAGAAAAACCAAUCAGACAAAGGGGAAAUUUAACCGAAUAAAUCUUGGCAAAUGGAAUGGAACCUCAAACACUUCCCUGGAUUCUAGAAUAAUUAAAACUUUCUCAAUACUCUGUACGUCAGAAGAAAAAUCUGCAGCUAUGUUGAAAAAUCCUGUCUUUGUGGAGUCUAGCAUUGUUUUCAUCAUUGUAUUGUCUGUCCACGCUGUGAUCUGGAACACCUUUUCCUGGUGCACACUUGCUUUGGCAAUUCAGGCUCUUUACGUUCAGCACAAGUGGGACCGGCUACUGAAGUCUGGAAAUGCAGUUUUUCAAUAUAGAACGGCCUUUAGUAGUGGCCUGCUGCCAGCCAGCGUGGUUUUGCCUCUGCUAGGAAUCGUGUUAAAGGAGCAGUGGGAAACGGUCGGAAAUGUACAGUUUGAACGGUUCUGCAUUGUGUGUUCGGCUGCGGGAAUGGCCAUUGCUCUGUUCAUCUCAUUGCUGGGUUUGGGCCUCACAAAGCCACUGCCCACUAAUACCAGCAUUGUGUACGGUUUCGCAACCAGCGCCAUAAUAUAUGGUCUUAGGCACACUCUUUCUGUUUCUGAGGUCAUCGAAAUCCUGGAGGUGUUAUUGAUUUUUGUUUAUCUUUCUCUCAUUGUCCUUUAUAUUAUGCCACGGAGCUUCACCCCAGGAGAAGUUAUGUUGUUCUUGUCAGGUUUGAGCAUAGUCACCAACCAGCUGAUCAAACGUUCUUUGACUUUCGGAGAUGGUGGAUAUGAUCCACUUGCAUCAUUCCUCUUGGUAACUGUGGUUGGGACGGCCCUUCUGGGAUUGAUUUUCACUAUUUUGUACUGCUUCAUGGACUCUAAGACCUGGGCUUCAUCACUGAUUUUCCAUGUGACAGCAGUCAUUUUUGGAUUGGGAAUCAUGGUGCCCUGGUUCUACCGACUGACCAGGAACCAUCUUUUUGCUUGGCUUCUCAACUUCCUCACAUCCACCAGAACCAGGAUCUACCUACUGAGCUACUGGAUCACACUGGCAUUUCUUGCUUCACUCAUUGUCUUUCAUCAGAACAGUAAGCAAUCAUCUGAAUCGAAAGAGUACAAAGCUUCCACAGCUAUGCGGAAGAGCUUCCAUUUCAUUAUAGUAGCAACCUACAUCCCAGGCCUCAUCUAUGAUCGUCCGUUACUCUAUAUUGCUGCUGUGGUUUGCUUUGCUGCGUUUGUGGUGUUGGAAUAUAUAAGGCAUUUUAAGAUUAAACCACUUGGAAUGAUAUUGAGACCAAUGCUGGCCCUGUUUCUUGAUGACCGUGAUAGUGGUCCUUUGAUCCUGACGCACAUUUACCUGCUGCUAGGACUGACCCUGCCUGUAUGGUUGUUCCCCGGAGUGUUUGUCCCAAACAGUUCUUUUCCGGGGGAGGUAGCACUAGCUCCCUAUGCUGGAGUCCUGGCCGUGGGGAUUGGCGACGCCAUGGCCUCUGCUAUUGGAAGCACAAUGGGAGAAGUUAGGUGGCCUGGAACGAAAAAGACCUUUGAAGGAACAGCAACCUCUGUCUUUGCCCAGAUCAUUGCUGUUGCUUUGAUUCUCAUCUUUGACAAAACAGUGAGUCUAAAUGGCAGCUACACCUGGAUUAUGGGAUCUAUUGUUCUAGUCUCACUGCUAGAAGCUUACACUGAUCAAAUAGACAAUCUUCUAUUGCCUUUGUAUCUUUUCCUUAUGUUGAUGGUUUGAAUGGGGUAAUUGGAUGUACGCUUAUAUCGUGGUGAAUAUUCUGUUUUUUUCAGGUACAAGGGCAGUAUCCCUUUAACUGAAGUACAAAAACAUACCAAUGCCACCAGAAGAAGGAAAUCAUAAUAUUCAGAGGAACUGCUCCAGAAAAUAAUCAAGACAUGGAAAUCAGUUGCCAGUCAUUCAGCAGUGACUUGUGUCUUGUCCUAAAUCAUACAUAAGAACAAAAGAAAUAGGAGCAAGAAUAGACCACGUAGCUCCUCGACCCUGUUCCAUCAUUUAAAUAAGAUCUUGGUCAAUCAUCUGCCUCGUCGCCAUUUUCCUGCAUGUUCCCCAUAUCCCACGAUUUCCUAAGUGACCAAAAUCCUGUCUAUCUCAGCCUUAAAUAUAUUCAAUGAUGGCGCAUCCACAACCCUCACCCUCUGAGUGAAGAAAUUUCUCCUCAUCUCAGUCCUAAAUGAUUGGCACCAUAACCAGAGACUGUGCCCCCGUGUUCUAAAUUCCCCAGGUGGGGAAACAACCUCCGUGAAUACCUUGUCAAGCCCCAAUCCUAAAAGUUCUGGUUUUGGCUUGGUGUAAAUUUUUAUCUAAUUAUGUCCAUAUGAAGCCACCUUGGAUACAUUUCCGAUGUUAAAGGCGCUUUUUAAAUACAAGUUUUUGAUGCCAGGAACAGAAUGAGUGGAGAAAGACAGAUAUCCUUAUAAAGCAACCUCCGAGACAAAUACACACACAAGAAAAAGAGCUUACAAUGGUCUUUAGUUGCUAGAGAACAAAAUCACAACUAUGUUGCAUUCUGCACUAAUUUAUUUUUUUAACUUCUUGUUUUUCUCUUGCUGAGUGGGGCAGGUGUCACAUUCCAAAUUUCACCCCUAGGUGGAUGUUAGUUUGUCUCAUGUUUUCUGAUUGGGUGAUAGUUAUCAGAUCCACACCCACCUGAGAAAACUUAAUCUCUUGGAUGAAGAGGGGGAAAAAAUUCACUACCUCAUAAUAAUUGACUGGUGGACUCUUUAAUAAACAUUUUUUUGGGGUGCAAUAUUGCUGCUAAGGUAGAACAUGAGUUUCAUGACUAGGGCUGUGCUGAUCAACUAUCAGUUUAAACAGUUGCUAUCCACCUUAUCUUCAAAAUAAUGUAUAUUAAAUAAGUUAUAUUAGAAAAGCUUGACUUUGUCGAGCUUUAGGAUCAGGUAGUGGAAUAAGCUAGGCAUCUAGAUGCUAGUUGCUAUCUUGUGACGCCAGUUGGGAAACAUGGGAGUACAGACAUUAGGGCAGGUUCAAGCUUGGCUGUGACAUAUUUGUGGUAAAAUAGGCUGACAACAUUUACUGCCCAGGCAUAUGAAUGAAGAAUGACCACUGGACCAUACACUGGAAGGAUGUCAGACAUGAGGAGCAGCAAGAGCGACUGCCUGCAGAGAAGGCGGCAGGAGACCAAAUGUGUUUACACUGAAGUUUCUCCCUAAUGCUAGUGUUGUAUUUCAUUCAAAACUAAACAUAAGCACAAGUCAUAGAAUGCAACAAGAAGGAUACCAUCUCUUAUCACUUCAGUUUGCUGGAGGACUGAUAAAUUGAAGCACUGUUCCUUCCAUAUCAUGUUGGGACACUUUAAUAAUACAAGUUAAAUAUUUCCCACAGUUGGAUGAUUUUUCUUUUAUUUAAGUGAUGUUUUGCACUGUAAAAUGAUUGUUGUCUUGAAGAAGUUUAUUGAAAUGAGAUUUCUUGAUUGUAAACUUUUGAUAAGGUGCAUGUACAGCUGUUUAUAAUGGAAUAGCAUUAGGAAAUGGAAGGUUCCGCAGGGCUACAAAACAUUAAAAAAAACAUGUAAAAUAAAUCUAUAAUUAAGUAUCACUAGCUGUGAUUACCCAAUAUGUGCUUUGUUAACCCCUAAGCUGAUGUGUAUAAGACAACUUCAUGUAGUUUGCUUGGCACCCGGCAGUUGACCUAGAAGUUUUUAACAAUGUUGCACUGAUGUUGGAUUAGUUUUCACGUGGCUAUUGUCUCCAGUUAUUAGUUUUAGUGAUCCGUGAGUAUUUGUUUCUAUAGCCUCUUAUCCCUUCUGGCCUAUUCCAGUAUCAUCUCUGCUUCCUCCUAUGCUGUCUCCUACACCCUCUCUUCUCUGUACCCUCUUCCCCAUCCCCCCUACCAUCAGUCAUGACCAAAGAAUCCUUGUGUAUGUCCCCCAACUUCAUGCCACAUUUACCUGUCUGAACGUUCACAGCCAGUAGCACCCAUACAUCAUCAUCUGAUCACCGCCAUUAUUAUCCACAGAGGAAACAAGGUGUCUGGAACCAUCCCUCUGAACCAUUGGAGUGAGAAGGGGAGAAGUGGGAAAAGAUGAAAGGAAGCAGAGAUGAAACAGGAAAAAUUCAAAGGCAGCCAUGUAUUUAUAAUCCCCAUGCAUACAGACAUCUAUAUAUCCCAGUGUAAGGAAUUCAUAAUUUUAGCACUUUCGUUCAGUUCAAAUUCCCACUUUGGGGCCACACAAGUAAAGCAGCUAAUCAGGUCCCCUGAAAUCUCAUCACGUCUAUUACCAUGCUAGCCUACUGGACAUUACUCCACAGAUGCAACACAUUCUGUGUCUUAGAUAUAUUUAUGGUACAGAUUGUAGUGCAAUUAAUAUACAGCCUCUUUCUUCCCCCACCCCACCUUCAAAUGUGCUCAGGUUCAAAUGGCCAUCUCUGGUUUGGCUGCACUUCAUCCGUGUAUUGAUUACCUUAUAUAUUAUGCUUACAUUGAUCUGUAUUGUAGUGAAGUGUAGAAAGUUUGCACUGUAUUCACUGAAAGUGUAAAAUGUCACAAUAAAUUGGAACUUAUUGAUCA